UUUUCACAACUUUUCUUUCACUCUCUGUCUUGACAAAAUAAAAAGGGUUAUUUUCUAUUUACACAUUGUGUACUGUAUCUCCAUUCAUUAUUUUUACCAGCUUCAACUUUCUUCAGUAACCCUACUCCCUCUCUCUCUUCCUAUAAAAGGACCACUAUGGUUGGGGGCUUGUCUAGUAUUGUUCAUCUUCCAGGUUCAGCCAUGGCGGCCAUGCUGAGAUCUCUCUUCACUUUCACGCUCUUUACUCUCCUUUUCUCAUACAUGCAAGUUUCGGUUUCUGCCACUAUGCUUACUCUAUACAACAAAUGUGCCCACCCCGUGUGGCCUGGGAUCCAACCCAGCGCCGGCAAGCCACUUCUUGCUCGUGGCGGCUUCAAGCUCCCACCCAACAAGGCCUACACUCUCCGUCUUCCGCCUCUCUGGUCAGGCCGCUUCUGGGGUCGUCACGGCUGUUCCUUCGACGCCACCGGCCGCGGCCGCUGCGCCACGGGAGACUGCGGGGGCUCCCUUUUCUGCAACGGCAUUGGCGGCAACCCACCCGCCACUCUGGCCGAAAUCACCCUGGGACAAGAACAAGACUUCUACGACGUGAGUUUGGUGGACGGCUACAACCUGGCGAUGUCCAUCACCCCGUCUCGAGGAUCUGGGAAAUGCAGCUACGCGGGCUGCGUGAGCGACCUGAACUUGAUGUGUCCGGUGGGGCUGCAGGUGCGGUCGAAGGAUAACAGGAGAGUGGUGGCGUGUAAAAGCGCGUGCUUUGCGUUUAACUCACCGAGGUAUUGCUGCACAGGGAGCUUCGGGAAUCCGCAAAGCUGCAAACCGACAGCGUAUUCGAGGAUUUUCAAGACAGCGUGUCCAAAGGCGUAUAGCUAUGCGUAUGAUGAUCCGACGAGCAUUGCCACGUGCACUCGGGGGAAUUAUUUGGUGACAUUCUGCCCACAUCAUCGGUAGAUUAUUUGGGAAUUAUGGACUAAAUUAUUAUUAAUUAAUUAAUUAAUUAUAGGGUAGUUUUAUUUGGAUGUAGUAGUUGAAUGUUGUGGCGUUUGAAGUGAACUCUGGUUGGUUGUUACUUAUGAUAGAAGGUUAAAAGCUUAUUAUAUAUUAUGAUAUUAUUAUUAUUAUUAUUAUUAUUUCAUGUUGGGGUGGACAUUUCGGUUUGAUUAUUUAUGCCUAUUGGUUUGAAAUUUGAAUGAGCGUGAUUUCAGCUUGA